GUGUUUACUAAGGUAUGCAAAAAGGCACAAACAAAUGGCUUGCUUAUCAGGCGUGCAUGCCUGAGUGAACAAACACUCUGGACCCUCCCCCACGCUGUAAAUGGUUGCACCCGAUUCAAUUCAGUUUGUAUAGUGGGCUUUGCUUGCUGAGAGGCCGCCAUGAUGUGCUUUUUUGUAUCAGCCUCUUCUGCGGGCAUAACAAUAGUGGUAUGUGGCGUCCUUUACUAGGGUGAUUUGACUCACGCACCACCCCCAUGCAAUGAUAUUGUGAGGGACUGUAAAGCUCCAACUCCCACGGCUGACUGUCAGUCGAGUCACUACGCAAGACCAGUCAUCGCAUUUCUCAACCCUUAAUCAUAUGCUUGCAUAAGGCUGUGAAGACUGACUCAGUAAACGGAACUCAGAAUAUUGGAAAUAUAACAACAAGUGUGCAUUGCAGUGGAAGUGGAGCUGUAUUUUAGCUUGGAUAGUGAUCGGCAGAGGAAGAUUGUUGUGAGCUCUUUCCUUGUGUUUAUACGAGCUUGAGUGCCUCUAGUGUAAAAGGAAUUGCAGCCUAAAGAAGAAAAUUUCAACAAGAUACUUUUCUCAUCUGUCAAUGGCCCAAGACGCCCAAGACACGUGAAGAAGGGACACUAAACAUUCAACUAUUAUUAUAAAGAGGUGGACAGAGACAUACUAACCAGAGAGAGAGAAGACAGAAGGAGAAACCAUGAUGGAAGUCGGCUAUGGGGGCCGUCUGAAUGGACACAGCUAUGACAGUGGCAGUUCAACCUUGAAUCGAGGAGGAGGAGGAGGAAAUGGAGAUGUGAGAUGGGAGAAGGAUACAGUUUCAAUCCGACGGGCCCAGGGAUUGGGGUUUGGUAUCGCAGUGAGCGGUGGUCAGGAUAACCCCCAUUUCUCCAGCGGUGAGACCUCUAUCGUCGUGUCAGACGUUGCACCCAAUGGACCGGCAGAGGGUAUGCUCAAAAAGAAUGAUCGUAUCCUAUCUGUAAACGGGGCCAGCAUGGAGAAUGCUUACCACAGCGACGCCAUUGGAGCUCUGAGACACAGUGGAGAAGUUGUCACCAUUACAUAUAAACGCAAGAUGACCGGACCCCCUCCACGUGCAGCUGACACACAGCUCGAUGGCAUUGACAACAAGCAAUACAUACGACUCUCAAAGAAUAGGAAUGAGAGUUAUGGAAUGCGACUCGGGUACAAGCUCUUUGUGGAUAGCCUGAAUGAGUACGGUGUCGCAGCAUCCUUGGGGCUCAGGAAAGGAGAUGAGAUCCUUACGAUAAAUAACACCCCUGUGGCGCAGGUCAGUCUAUCUGAUGCCCAUGCAAUCAUUGAGCGGUCAAGGGAUGGUAUGGAGCUGGACAUCACUAGACCGAUUGCCUUGGACAGAGUAUCUCUGGCCAGUUCCAUCGAGCAGUACACUGCUCCUACCCUGCAGCCAGGGCUACAGGCAGGCCCUCCCAGACCCCCACCACCAGCCGAGGAGGAUGAAUACAUUCCUCCUCCCCCAAGACCACCCAGUCCAGGUCAGGAUGACUUCAGAGAUGGCAUUCCUGUUGACCCGGAAGGAGAUUCCCAUGUGGUGAGCUUCAACAAGGGAGGCAGCGUGGGUAUCAAGCUGAUCGGAGGUAACGAGGUGGGAAUCUACGUUGCUGGUAUCAAACCAGGUAGCCCUGCAGAGAGCUCUGGUGUAGCCAUCGCAGACAGGAUCACAUGUGUAAACGAGGAAAUCUAUCUCCAAGGUUUGACAAAGGAAGAGGUGGCUCUCCUUCUGCUCACGUUACCUGAUUUCAUUAAGCUAGAAGUCAGACACAGCAGAUCAGCUUUUAGAAAUGUCAUGGAAUCGGGGAGAGGAGACAAGUUCUACAUCAAAGCACAUUUUGCGUAUGAGAACCCAGUAGGAGAGGAGUUGAAGUUCCCCCGUGGUACAGUCUUCAGAACGGUAGACACCUUCCCAGAGGGUGCUAUGGGUUACUGGUAUGCCAUCAGAUUGGAUAGGAAUAACAUUGCAACAGAGAGGGGACUCAUUCCAAACAACAGCAGAGCAACUCAGAGUAACAUGGCUCAGCAGUCGGUGGAGACUGUCAAACUUCUCAACACAAGUGGUACUAGGAAAGAGUUCUUCAAGAGGAGGGGCAAUAGAGCCAGCAUGAGGAAGAUCAAGAGUUCUGCUGUUAGAAUCGAGAUCGAGGAUGAAUACGAUGAGGUUGUCUUUGCUGGAACACCAGGUAAAUUCCCUGCCUAUGAGAGAGUCACUCUAGGAACAGUUGGUUUUGCCAGGCCUGUGGUUAUCUUUGGACCUCUAGCGGACAUUGCCCGAGACCAUCUCAAGGAUGCCCUCCCGGAUAAAUUUGAGAAUCCUCUUACAGAGCACACAUUUGACAGUCACCCAGGGGAACAGCUAAAGAUAAAUCCUCAAGGCAUGGUCAAGAUUGGUUCAAUCAAAGACUGCAUUGACAAGGGUAAACACUGUCUGCUUGAUGUGACGCCAUUUGCAGUUGAGCAGCUGAACCUGAUGCAGUACUACCCCAUCGUCAUCUUCCUGAAUGCAGACUCUCGCUCGCAGGUCAAGGAUAUCAGGGGACAGUACAUGAGUCCAGAGCAGAACAAGGGCUCCAAGAAGCUAUACAAGACUAGCUUGACCCUCAAGAAGGCCUUUGCACAUCUCUUCACAGCCAUGAUCCCUUUGACCACUGAUAGCCAGUGGCUCCAGAAUGUGAAAGAUGCUAUCAGGAUACAAGAAAGGAAAGAAAUCUGGAUGUCAGAGACCAAGUACGAGGAACCUGAGGCAGAUGAGAGUCACCUACCUCUGGUGGGCCCCAUCAUCCUACCAAUUGACUAUGAUACCGAUGCGGAAUCCAUCUUCCCUGACUCCCAUGCCAAUAGCACUCUUGACUCUGACAUCGAGCGGCUUUCUCCCACGAUGACGGCAAACACCUCAGCAACCCCUGGCGCCGCCUCGGAGAGCUCAUUCAACUUCAGUGAGAAAGAAGUCAAAGCUACCCUUCCUAGGACAGACCCACCUCCCAAGAGAUACUCCUCAGAUGAGGAAGAGUUUCCAUCAAGCUUUGACCGCAGACGUAAAUCUCGAUCCCGUUCCAAGAAGAAGGAGAGUAUCUGGUCAUCUCUGAGGCGCAGCAUGUCCCGCUCUCGCUCCAGAUCUCGGGAUAGGAGAGAAGAAGCCAGGGAGAUUGAAAGGGAGGAAGCCGAAGAGGAGAGGAGAGAGCAGGAAAGAGCAGAGAGGGAAAGAAUGGAAGAGGAGAUGAACAAACGGAACACUCUAGAGCGAGAGCCUGAGCAGCGCCCUUCAAAGAAAGACCAGCACCGUCGUCGAGACGAGGCCAAGGAGAUUGCAGAGGAAACCCUGAACUCAAGGGGCAAGUCACAAGGUCAGGAAGACCUGAGAGCUCCAAGUGAUACCAUCAACCUCGGCACCCUUGUUGAUGAGUUCAAGUCCUUUGGCAUUGAUGGUGAUGUCAGCGUCAAUGGCCACAUGGAGCCAGAACCUAUCAGUGCCUCACUGGACGUAGAAGUGGAAUCAGCCCCUCCUCCUUCUGCAUUCAGACCGCAGCCACAACCCAGGACCAAGCCCAUCCAGCCUGUAGUCUCUCUGGUCCAACAUUCGGCACCCAUCGAGACAGACCUUGAUGCCAUUCAACCCCCUUACACUGGCUAUGAGGAUUCAGAUCUUCUGCCUGCAGCACCCAAGACUCCAGUCCUGGAGACAACAUUCGGGCCAGAAGACAGUGACAGUGAUGAUGAUGAAGAUGAGGGUCCUCCACCUCCUGCACGAAUGGAACAUAAUCCAGCAGAGACUCGUCCAGCAGAGCCUGCCUCUCGUCCCAGGAGAGUAGCUGCAACUCCAAAGCAGCAGACCCCAGAAACUCGUCGUUCAGAACCAUCCCGCCCAAAGAGGACACCAAAUACCCCUAUGUCCAAGCCUGAAGCUCGUCCUGAAAUAGAGCUGUCUUACUCAGCAGAAGUUUCACGUCCAAAGAGGACAUCAUCAGUAUCUCGCCCAGCAGAGCCCACGGUGGAUAUUUCUGCACCUAGCUGGGAGAUCCCAGACUUCCAGGAACCAACCCGCUCAUUGCCCCCUGCACGCCCUCCUCCUCCCCCACCAGAAGAAGAGGAGUUACCCCCACCACCCAAACCAGAAUUACCCCCUCCAAAGCCAGUGGAGCCUGUAUACAGUCAGGUGCAAAAGAGCAAACCUAGUCCACAUGUUAGUCCUCUGGGAUGGGACCACAGCGAGGUAAAGCAGAGUAAGCCAAGUCCAAGGGCCAGUCCGCAAGGAUGGGACCUACCUGCACAGGUAGAACCACCACCACCACUUGCUCAGCCUGCUUUCCAGACCUCUACACCAGCCACCAGCAGCUCAAGAUGGGAGACCAAAACAGAAACUGAGGUACACACCAUUACGGUUGGGUCAGGCUUCGUCAAUGCAGAGGUCAAGAAAGUGGACCUUGGUGGUGACAAGUCAGAGGAUGAGGUGUCUGCUGAUGCAUACCGCAACCAGCUUGCAAAAAUGGCUAAUCUGAUCAAGCGCAGUGAUAGCCCACGUGGAUGGUCGAGCGCCACUAAAGCGCCCUCUCAAAUCAGGCCAGUGCGGGCGCCCAAACCACCAACAACGGGACAAACAGGAAAUGCCUACCUGGACAGUAAAAAGGCAAGGGAGAACUUCUUUAAUACUUCUGAGCCCAAUGCGCCACCCAAAGCACCAGGAUCACCUUAUGACAGGGAGUCGUACCAGGCUCACAAAGAGAGGACCAAGAAGAGAUCGCAGUCACCAGGCAGACAGUACCAGGAGAGGUCAGGCAUCUACCCACCACACAACAACUAUGACAAGAAGAAGCCUGCAUUCAAACCCAUCCCAGUCGAUGAGGUAGCCUUAAAAUCUGAUGAGGGACAAGAAGUUGUGGAUACUGUGAGAGGAACCUUCGACAGCAACGGAGGGGUCCUGAACUCCCCUUCCACCGGUGUGAGCAUCCACAUCCCUAAGGGUGCCAUCCCAGAGGGUUGCAGCCAGGAGCUCUACUUUAAGGUCUGCAGAGAUACCAGUAUGCUGCCUCCACUCGACAAGAACAAAGGAGAGACGUUGCUGAGCCCGCUGGUGAUGUGUGGCCCUCACGGUCUCAAGUUCAUGAAGCCUGUAGAGCUGAAGCUGCCUCACUCUGCAUCCAACACCCAAGAAGGUUGGGAAUUUAACCUCAAGUCUAGUGAUGCAGGACAAGGAGAGCCAGCACAAUGGAAGAACCAGAACAUCCCUGGCCUGAAGAGUGCUGAGUCUAAGCCCAUCACCAAGACAGUGUCUGUCAUGGUGGACCACUUCUAGAACCACCUCCAAGACCACACUACCAUCCCCAGAAUAGUACAACACAUGGACUAGAUCUUCAUGGUGAUGACUGAUAUGAUAAAUGUAUUCAAUAUCAACAUAUGUAGAGCAAGAUUUACAUGGAUAGGUCUACAUGUAUAUCUAACAUACAGGAUUAAACUCCUCCUUUGUUUAGAUACAGUUCUACACUUGGAAUGACAUGUCUGUGCCUCUAGGAAACAACUCAUACCUGUUUAUGACAUCUUGCUUCAUGUUCAGUUCUUAAUGUCUUACAUUGGAAUGUGUUGUGUAGGAUAGAGGUCAAAGAGAACUCGAGGUGAAUCAAAUUGUCGGUAGCAGCUUUACAUCAAGACCAAUGAUAUUUGAUGAAAAUUUAGUGCCAACUAUGUUUUGUCAUCCAUUUUUUUAAUGUCUAGGUAUUUGAUGGAAGAUAUUAGACAUGUCAGGACCAUAUUAGAAUAUAUCUUUUAUCAAGUCUUGUCGCCUUAAUGAUAUCCAUGUGAGAGAAGAAAAAACACUGAAUGUCAUGUUGAUAGAAUUAAACUUCAGAUUCUUCUUUCAGUCAUAAGAUCAGCUUUAGAAAUUCAUUUCCAAUAUUUCCCAUUUUUCCAUGAACAACAUGUAUUCUUACAUCCCAUCCCAUUGAUAUGUUGUAAAUACAGUACUCCAUGUAUUCCAGUACAAAGCCUGAUUCUGUACUAAACAGUCAACAGUACUUAGCUUAGAUUGUAUCUGCUUUAUUCAUUCCAGAGGGAACUCAAAUAUUUGCUUAUACCUUGUAUUUUUUAGAUUAAAACAUCAUCACUAACAAUAAUGUAUAAAUAAUACUUUUUUUUCUUCUUUAUGUCAUAUUGUUUUUCUUCUCUGUUUUUGUUCAAUUUUGGACCAGAAAUUACCCUGGACUUAUUGACUUCAAAUCCCUCCCAGUGGGUUUGUGUAUGAAUUCUUAAUAACCAAUGGAAAAUUUGCUCUGCUAAUCAUGCCAAAUUGGUAGGCUAAGUGUACUUUUAUAUUAAGAUUUAGAUCAAUAUUUUAGUUAAGCUCUUCCAAACGCAUUAUAAACCAGAUUUUAUUGACCUUUUUGCAAGAUACAUGUAUAUAUUCCUUUUAUGAUGAAAUGUGUUGGAGGACAAAAUAAAGGAUUGUGUCCAAUUAUUUUGUCACAUAAUUGUAGUCCGAACACCAAUGUAUUUUUAUACUAAUUAGCAGUGCCUUUACCAGCACAAUUGGAAGUAAUUUGAGAUAGACCUAGCAGCAAUCAAUGAUUUCAUUUGAUAUGAUGUAAAUAGUAUUCUGCAGUUGGCGGGCAAUGAGACUAAGAAUCAAUAAUAAGGCAGAGUUCCGACUCUGUUUCUGAAGAUUGUAUCAAAAUUGUAAAUGAGAAUUUAGAAAUUUUAAAUGUCCAACUGUAUUUGUAAAUAUUGAUGUAGAUUUCAAAUCAUGAAUACAAAAUUGUAAACAUUUAGCUUAUUUUUUAGUCUAACCAAAGUAUUACUAUUUAUCUGUAUGAUUGCUUAUUUGCUUUAACACAUUACCUUGCUGUCUAGUGUUUCAUAUUCUGUGAUUGUAAAAGCCUUUUUUUUAUAUUCAUUAUUUGUUACUAAUCAUAUAUAUGUAGAGAAAUCCUACCUCUAUUAAUUGCAUCUGAUUUCCUAGAGUUACAAAAGAAGAGGAGGUGGAAUUUUCACUGAAUGAUCAAGGUUCUAUGAUUGUCAGGCUUAAUAUAGUCUUUUUUUGCUAUCAAAUUCGUAGCCUACUUAGCCUGCAUGUUUAGUAAUGUAAGUUUACACUUCAGUGAAUGCUGAUUGCUGCAAAGUAGAAGGAGGAAGCUAGAAUGGAAUUAAAGAAGAUGUACAAAAAAUAUCUUUGUUUAAAAUCAUCCCACUGUGAUUGGUUUCUUAUCGAACCGUGUCGAGUAAACAGUGUUGAGUUAUGUGACAUCAAACUCUGAAAUAAGAGUGAAGACUUAUAUUCUGUAAACUGAAUUUCAAUGCAGUUUCAUUUUUCAUUUAUGCAUUACAAAUUCAUGGCUUUAUUCCUACUAGACAUACAAUUAUGUAGACAUAACAAUGCCCUUCAAUCUCUUGAAUAUCAUCCAUAUACGUUUAAGACUUUAUUUUUGUAGCAUUGCCACCAUUUUGAUUGUUUGACAGCUGUAUUCAGCAGCCUGUAUCUUGGAAAGUAUAUUUAGUGUUUAUCUGCUUUCACGUUUGUUGUGGUCAAAGUCUCUGUUUGAAAUUUUUUUCAAACACUGAAUUUCGUAUUCAUCCAAUAAUGUCAAUGCCUUCUCAUAUGCACAGAAAACAUUAUAUUACAUGUUUAAUGGCACCAAGAGAUUUUUUUUCUGUUUUUCUUGGCAAUAUAUAAUUGCUUUUAUAAUUUUACAUUUAGGUUUAAAAUUUGUUAGUUUUCCAUCAUUUCACCAUGCACUUUAUUCCAGGUAUAAUAAUUUUUCUCAUUCAUGGACUACCUAUGUCUUAGGUAAAGAGGUAUACCGGUAGUUCCGGCUUCCAUUGUGAAAAAUGCUUCACUUGUGUAUUGUACCAUUCAACAUUCAUAUUCUCAAUGCUCUUGUAACAUUCAGUUUUAACUUACAAAAUAAUAAGAACGAUUUAUUUGUUUGUUGUGUUUAACAAAUAUUUUCUAGCAGAUAUUUUAAGUUCUGUUAUAGUAUUCAUGAAAAUAACUUGUAUUCAUUCAACUAGUUAUGCUUGUAUAAUUAAAUGUGUUGUAUUUUGAGAAAUUGUAUUUGUAAUAGAGGCAUCAAUAUCCAUUCUAUUCUGCUGCUUUUAUAUCAAAUUACAGAAAUUGCAGAUCACUUUGUAUUAGUUUUACUGUACCUUCUCACUCUACGGGUGUUGGGCACUUAUGAUUAUGUAAUUAAGGGUUCAUAUCGUCAUCUUGUGAUGAAAUAAAAUUUCCAACCAAA